CCCGGCCACUUCUCAUGCGCGGAAUGCUGCUUCUGGCGUUGGGGGGCCGGUGGGCGGCCGGACUGCGGCUCGGUGGGAAGAGGGCGGUGCCGUGGGCGUCUGCCGCGUUCCGAGACCCCAGGGCGGCUGCCCCACGGGUGGCCUCCUGCAGCGGUCCCUCGGCGCCGGUCCGCGGCGGGAGCGCAGGGCUGCGGGGAGCUGCGCUGCCUCUGGGGCGUCCGGGGCGAGCGCAGAUACCAGUUUGUUGGGAAGGAUGUGUUCGAUGUUUACAUACACAACUUGAAAAAUCAGAAGACGGGAGGCUGAUCUAUACUGGGAAUCUGGCCCGAACAGUAUUUGGUGUGAAGUGUUUCUCUUAUUCUACAAGUGCCAUCAGCCUUGCUUUUCUACCAUAUAUUUUUGCACAAAAUAAUAUUAUAUUUGGAAGUCUGCCUUUGCAGAUCUUAUUUUAUGGCAUCAUAGGAAGCUUUACAGUGAUCACUCCGGUGCUGCUUCACUUUGUUACAAAAGGCUAUGUCGUUCGCUUGUACCACGAGGCCACAACAGACACUUAUAAAGCCAUUACUUACAGUGUCGUGCUUUCAGAGACGAGUACAGUGUUUCGCCAGAAUGACGUGAAGAUUCCAGACAGCACACAUAUGUUUACCACAUUUUAUGCUAAAACCAAAUCAUUAUUAGUUAAUCCAGUGCUCUUUCCAAACCCUGAAGACUAUAACCAUCUAAUGGGUUAUGACAAACCAUUCACUUUUGAUAUGGAAGAAGCUAGUGAAAAGAAACAGCUUAAAGAUGAGAAAUGAGUUUGUUAUUUUUAUGUCUGUGCUUAAGUGUGAUUUAUCUUUCAAUGUACAAUAAUAAAAUUGCCAUUACUUUUGUAUCUGUUAGUGACUGCUAAAACGCUUUCAAAUCCUAUCAAACAGAGCUUUUAGUUAAUUUUCAGUGAAUGAUGAUCCUUUAUAAUAAGCUAUGUUUGAAAAACAAAACAUGCAUUUUUCUAUUUGUGUUUUAAAAAAGUAUGUGAAUAUAUAUGUAUAUGCUGGUGUAUACAUGGAUUAUUUUAUAAAUGCUAUGUAUAUAAUAAGCAUGGUUGCCUCUAAGCCAUGGGAUUGUAAGUCAGAGGUAAACAGGGGAGUUACCUUUUUCUUAGUGUUUGGAUGUUUUCUAAGUGAGUAGAUACUAUCUUUUCCCACAUUAAAAAACAUUUUUUAACAUUCACAAAUGAUGGGAAGUAAUAUUAAUCUGUCUUCUUUGGUUCAUAGCACAAGUUUUUGCCUAACUCCUCUGGCAUGGUUGCCUAUAGUGUUACCAGGUGGAAACCCCAGGUUCUUGCUCGGCAUGGCUCGUAUUGGCCAGUAAACAAGAGACUGAGGUGGGAGAACAGGAAAAACACCUUUAUUUCGUUGUACAAGGAAAAGGAGUCAGUUGGAGCUGCUG